CACACUGGCAGUCACGUGACGGACAUAUAGUAGAACUCGGUGAGCGCACAGUCCAGUGAGAACGCUGCUGUAUGGAGAGCGUCAAGGGCAAACGCUGCUCUGGAGUAACGGCUGAAACAAACACCUCCACGCCCAGAAUAUGAGCUGAUCCUCAGAAUUAACAGGGUUUACUGUGUUCUCGCUGAAGAUUUUGGAUUGCAGAAGUGUUUCCCUGACACAGGUCAAGGAGCGAGUGUCGUGUGUUUCUCACCCGUGGCUUUGGUGACCCAUGUCUGUUUGGCCUGACUUCCCAGCCACAUAGGGAACCAUUCUAUCACAAGUGUCUCUAAACACAGAGUCUGAGUUCAGCAGGAGCCAGCGGUUUGGAUGCAGCCAGGGAUGGUGGAUAACUCUUACACAGGCUCUUUACCGGCCUUCCACCUUUCUGACAUGGUGACAGACCUAGGCUCCUACCAUGUAAUGUCAUCACCAUUUUCGGAGGAUGAUCUCAGUGAGACCUUCAGCCCUCGUUCCUGUUCCAGCCCAGACUCCCAGUUGCUGAGCUCCAGCUACAGCAGCACCUCCAGUGCUGAGAGCCAGGACAGCAUACUGGACCACCUGCUCUCCCAGGCCUCUUUAGGAUGUGUCACCAGUGACCCAGCAGCAUCUGGAGCACCUACACAAUCACCCAGUUCUCUAUGGGAGUCACGGAGAAAUGAACCCGUGAAGGAGGAAAACUUUGAUUUCCUUGCCUGGUCCAAUGAAGAGACAGAACAACAUCAAGAUUCCUUCCAGCCCACCCUGGAGGAGAUUGAAGAAUUCCUUGAGGAGAAUAUGGAGGUGGUAAUGAUGAAGCAGGAGAUCAGAGAAGACUGUCUAGGCUUUGGAGUGGAACUGGAGGAAGGUCCCGGUGUAGAAGUUGGCUUGGAGUGGUGCAGUGACACGUCGUCUGAGCCUGAGCAACAACCGGAGUAUUCUGACCAAACUGUUCCCACUGGCAGCACCUCUAGCCUAGCCACUGCUACAGGCGCUGAGACCAAGGCUGAGUCAAUCAAAGCCACUGGAGUUAAGAAAGCAUCAGUCAACAAACCUUCAUCAGACAGUGGCACUAACAGUAGCAGGAUGCCGGUCAUCCUGCAGCUACAGCCACUUCACAUCAAGCAGGAGUCCACAGUAGUGCCUGUGACCCCACAUGUCCCACACCCACCACCUCCCCCAGCCACAGACCUCAAGGUGGGACAGCUACUGGUAAACAUCCAGGGCCAGACCUUCGCCUUGGUUCCCCACAUUGUACCUUCCCCCAGCGUGAACAUCUCUUCCAAGUUUGUACGAAUUGCUCCCGUCCCUAUUGCAGCCAAGCCUCUUGGCCUCGGGGACGCCUCCGCCAGCCAGGGGGCGGGGAUUAUAGUUGGAAGUCAAAAGUUCCAGAGGAAUCCAAUGGCGGAUUUUAUUAAAAUGCACAAAUGCACUUUUCCCGGCUGUACCAAGAUGUACACCAAGAGCAGCCACUUGAAGGCCCACCUCCGGAGGCACACGGGGGAGAAGCCUUUCGCCUGCAACUGGCAGGGCUGUGGAUGGAGAUUUUCACGGUCGGAUGAGCUUUCCCGACACCGGCGGUCCCACUCGGGGGUCAAGCCAUACCAGUGUCCAGUGUGUGAGAAGAAGUUUGCCCGCAGUGACCACUUGUCAAAACACAUCAAAGUCCAUCGUUUCCCACGAAGCAGCCGGACAGCUCUCUCUGCAAACUAAUGUCUUCCUUCAACCACUGGGAUCGCCAGAAACGCUGGGAUCGCCCUACCACACAUGUGGGCCAUGGGAGCAAGGUGUGCGUGUGGUUAUGACUGUGUUCAUCAUGGUUGUAUCAGUCAACGAGGGCCUUUCAUCUCAUUUAUUUUGAAGUAAACAACACGGUUGGGGCUGCUGCUGCUACUUUGGUUUGCGUUUGCCCUCGUGGUUGUUCCGACCUAAUCUCCUGCCCCUGCACAAAACUCCAUAACAGCUGACUUUGUUCUAGAUUAUUUUCUAGAUGUUAUUAGUGGGUGUUUGUCCUGCCUUUCACUUGGAAGCUGCUGAUGACCAGUGACUUUCCUCAUUUUCUGCAGUGAUUGGGAAUCCUGAUCCCCAUUAGUGACAGUCUUCCUGGGGUCCAAAAGCCUGUGAACCUUCUGUCAUAUCCUCGUCCCAGUUUUUGCUGCUGUGCACCACAGUUCAUAGACACAAAAGAUGGGCAAUCCAUUUUAAGAGGCAGCAAUCUGCUAGAUGGACAUUAUGGAUAGUAAAUAAUGGACUAGGACUAGAGCCCAUUUUAACAGCAGCUGUAUCAUCAAUAGAUGGACGACAGUAUGCAAUGAUGCAAAGACAUCAGCCAUUUGACCAGUGUUUUUUCUAUUACGCUAUCACAUGAACCUCUGCUGGUCUCCUAAUCAGGAUUCCUGAAUGUCUCUGUCCAAGAAUAACUUCUGAUUGGAACAAUUGAUCAUAACCAGCUGCUGCUCCCUUUGACUGGAGACACCCUGACAUCAGCUGGUGAGAUUGGUGCUCCUGAAGUCAGUACCGUGCGUUCUGAGGCCAUGUGACGUUUCCUAGUAUCUGAGCUCUUCUCUCCUUUUUGCUGCCUGGCACCUGCUGUAAUGUCAGGGUGGUGACGAUGCCGUCCAUUUGUAAUGUACAUGAAGUGACAUUAAAUAGGACCACACAACAUUGUGCAUCAUUCCUUCUAUUCAAUCUUUGAAUUUGUGAAGCUUGUGUGAACACAGGUGUUUUAUUGCAUCCUAUGAAUGUAUGUCAACAUGCAGGAAACACAGACUCUUAAAACAAAUGUGUGGAUGCGAAGGUUUCUAGAGUAAACCCGAAAUGUGAACAGAACUUUUCAGUACAUAGCAUUAUAUAUUAUAUAUAUAUAUUUUUUUUCUUUGUUUUAUUCAAGCUGCAUUUA